AUGACAGAUCAGCGGGAACGCCAGGCCUUAGAAACUUUAGUCAAAACCUUCAAACAUGCACAUUUUAGAUCCGAUACACAACGAAAGGCAGUUCUUAAAGUUUUAGACGGAAAGGAAGAUGUCUUUAUCUGCAUGCCAACAGGGGCAGGUAAAUCUCUAUGUUACCAGCUGCCAGCAGUUAUGUCCACUGGGUUAACGCUAGUUAUCUCCCCUCUCAUUGCACUCAUGCAAGACCAGCUGGAACACCUGGAGAAUCUUGGGAUCUGCUCUGAGACACUGAAUUCCAAAAUGUCCGCCGAAGAACGGCGAAGAGUGCUGAAGGACCUGAGUGGAGAUAAACCGGAGACUAAGCUAUUAUACAUCACUCCGGAGCAAGUGGACACAGACAGUUUUAAGUCAUUGGCUGAGAUGUUAAUGGAAAGAAGACUAGUGAAGUAUUUUGUGAUAGAUGAAGCUCAUUGUGUGUCGCAAUGGGGACAUGAUUUCCGACCUACUUACUUGAAGCUUGGUUACUUCAGGUCAAAAUAUUUGAAGGGUGUUCCAUGUAUAGCUCUGACAGCAACUGCUCCAAAACAAGUGAUCGAAGACAUUGUGAAGCAACUCCGACUGCGGGAACCAAUGUCCCGUUUCAAACAGAGCGUGUACAGGCCCAACCUGUAUUAUGAGGUUAAAAUGAAAGACACUAUAGGAGAUGUUUUUGAGGACCUGAAAAUCUUUGCUAUCAAGUCCCUAGGUGGCGCUGCUGAGAAAGGGGAAAAUUGGGAUGAAUUUGGAUGCGGUAUUGUGUACUGUCGGACUAGGGAUAGCUGUGAGGAAGUGGCAGCUCACCUUACCAGGAAAGGCAUCCCAGCACGACCUUACCAUGCAGGCUUAAAAUCCGGAAUAAGGGAGGGAAACCAGAUUGACUGGAUGGCAGGACGGUUCCCAGUUAUCUGUGCAACAAUCAGCUUUGGAAUGGGAGUCGACAAAUCAAACGUCAGGUUUGUAGCCCACUGGAACGUGCCCAAGUCAAUGGCAGGGUUUUACCAGGAGUCUGGGCGGGCGGGCCGUGAUGGGAAACAGUCUUACUGUCGUCUUUACUACUCCCAGCAAGACAGGGACACUGUGGCUUUCCUUAUCAAGAAGGAGACUAGUAGGAGCAAGAAGAAAGAUAAAGAUGCAGUCCAAGAGCUUCUGAGAGCUGCCAUGAAGAAUUUUGAGAUUAUGAUCUCUUUCUGUGAGGAAGUCAGUUGUCGUCACUGGAGCAUAUCCAAGUUUUUCGGGGACGACAAGCCAGAGUGUGGCAAGUCAUGUGACGCAUGCAAGGAGCCGCGGGAAAUCGAGAAACAGCUUCAAGAGUUGCGACGAGGCAUGUUUGCCUCGGUGAACAAGCGGAAGGGCGGAGCGGGGACAAUGUUUUACGUGGAGGAAGACGGCGCAGAUGAAAUGUACGGAAAGGGGCGGAAAGGUGCUAAAAUGGACACAGAUGACUAUGAUAGCCAGUUUCUUGGAGAUGAUGAUGAUGAGACACAGGAGGCUAGAGACAGGAAGCAGAGAUCCAGCUUCAUACAGAAACAGUUCAAGAUUAGGAAAAAUAAUGCUGGGAUCACGAACGAGGAGUUUAUUCCACCCAGUGAUGAUUGCCCGUUACGAGAGGCAGACAGUCAAAGGAUUCCGAAACUCACUGUUGCGGCACGGGAACACUGUAUGGAACUACUAGAGAAGGCCUUGCUGACCAACUACUGCCAGUUCUAUCGAGACCAGCCAUCCAAGCAAGCAGCCCAGGACUAUGUGCCGCGGUGUACAGCCAUAGAUAUGGAGCAUGCCGUGUUCAAAGGCAACAAGUUACACAACAUCUACAAGACAUCAAUAAUGCGGAAAGUGAUGGAUGUGAAGAAAUCAACAACCUUGAACCAACUCCACCCAUCAAUGGCCCCUGAAACUCCUGUCUCCACCGUGGGGACCUCUAGCCCCGACCCAGGGGAUUCAACUCUACCUGCCCUACCUUGCCUCCCUCUGAUAGAGUCUGAAGAUACUGUUGGGGCAGUGCCUGACUGUGAUAACACAACUCCAAGUUGUUCUUCUAUUACCGAAUGUGUUCAGAAUAAAGACUGUGAUAAAGAGUUCCAGAAACUUUUAGGUGACAGCUGUGGUAAAACAACUGACUGUAUGACAGAAACUGAGUCUGACAGUUCCACAAAUAAAGACACAUCUGCCAAUCUGGACGAAUUGGCCUCUAAAAAUACCAGUAUUAUUCCUCCCAAACCCAAGAUGGUUUAUUUCUUUGAGAGAGGGGACUCAUUAAAGAAGGAGAAUGAAGAGAAUCGGUUUGAUCAGCAAAUAGAAACAAGGCCUAGUCCAGUACCCAUUCCAGAACCGUCUCAUAGAAGCAAAAGACCUUUAGAUAAGACUGGAGAUGCAGGAAGGGAAAGCAAGCACAGACGGACGGAGGAUCGACACUCAGCCUCCGGGGGAGACAGUGGGAGAAUGAAGGAAUGUGCAGACCUUGUUGUGAAAUACCUCAGUCCCCACUUCAAGGCUGGACGGAUAGCUAACAAGGAUUUGUUCAAACAGACAGCUAAAAAAUUGACACAUCAUUUAGCUAACAGCAGUAGUAAUGGAACUGAGCCUGUGAAAGAGUCUGUGAAGAGACUCAUUAAGGGGGUGUUUAGCAAGGUGAAGGUCAUUUCCUCGGAAAGUGCUGUGAAAUCUCUAAAAUUGUAAUGCCGUGAAAUGUUGACUGAAUUUGCUGAAAUUACAAGUGAUUAUGUGAAAUAUUAACCUUAAUUUGCA